AUGGGUGACAAAACAUUUCAUAAGGCGUCAGUCCUGCUAGGGCGAGCAGGUGACGCUCCGACAGUGGUAGAAGCGGUUCAAUUUCAUGGAAUACGAAUCACGAAGAACGAUGCGCUGGUUAAGGAGGUUUCUGAAUUAUAUCGGAGUUCGACGUUGGACGAGCUGGUUCAUAAUUCCCAUCUUGCAGCCAAGCAUUUCCAGGAAGUGGGGUUGAUGGAGAGUGCUGUACCGUUGAUCGACGUUGCCCCUUCCAGUAAUGGCUACAUUGUCAAUUUCGUCGUUAAAGAACCGAAGGCAUUUACUUUGGGUCUGAAAGCCGGUAUCAGCACAAAUGGAGAUGCUGACAUGUCACUGAAUGCUGGAAAGCACAGUGUUGGAGGGCGUGGUGAAGCAAUCAAUUCCAGUUACACAUAUACGGUCAAGGUGGGUUUCUGA